GGUCGACGCGACAAUUGGAGGGGGACACGCUCAGCAUCGACGGUGCUGCGGUCUGACAGCCACUGGACGAAUUCAGUCUGCCGCUGGACUUGGAACGUGUUGGAUGUAGUCGGAGCUCUUGUCCAGGGUUUUUCAUCGCGGAGCAGGUUCCGCUUUCUAGUUUAUCGUUCAGUACGGUGUGUAAGGACGAGAUUCAAUCGCUAGGACGAUUUUCCGUUUGGCACAUCGGGAAAUAAUAAAGUUCCUUGAUAGUGCAUAAAUUUUCUUUCUCGUUGAUCUGUGUACAGGACGAACACAAACGGUGAUUCGUCCUCGUUCGUUAAUUCAGAUCGACGCGUAUUAUCGAAAAAACAUCACAACAUCACGCCAUUGACAUUUCUAGCCGGCCAUUACGGCGGGAAUUCUGCCAAUAGAGUGCGUCUUUUUCUAAUACUGUGUUCUGCCUCUAUGUGUUUCGUGAACGAGUGAUUUCUCAGUUAGAGGUUAGAAAAACGGCGACAAGCGGGCUACCAGCUACACAUCGAUAAUUGAGAAGGAAGUCUAUAAAGAUAGAUGAUGAGUGGCAAUUCCUGAAACCUGUGUCGAUACAAGAGGACACUAUUUCGAAAGAGAAGAAUAGUGUGCAGCGAGAAAUCCACGAGUGAGAAACAAGUCUUGUGUUCGAAAGUCAAGGUCGUGCCUGUCAAAAAACACGCGUGUACCGGUGCAUUAACGUCUCGCCUUGUGAGUGACGCGAGGAUUCCUUUUCACCCGGUUCUGGCUCGAGAGACGUGUGUGUCUCCUUCGCAGAAGUCUCCAGGAAUUCUUUGCCUUUUUCUUCGCGUGACCGUACCGCGCGAACUUGUAUACGCUAUAUAGACACCAGAGACACAAACACAAUAAUACAUAAGCAUUCACGAGCGGCCAACGGCGUUCGUACGAGUGUUCUGUAAAUAUCGGUAGGACGUGGAAAAAAAAGGAGCACGCUAUCGGAGAAGAACGACACGUGUGGCCAUUAGAAUACUCGUUAAACAUACAGCCUGUGGUCAAGUGGCAUCGGGGAAGUGUGAGGUACAACGGAUCGAAUUAAGCAGAAACCAGGUCGUUUCCUCUUAACGGGAAUCGGGGAUCGAUCGUCGACGUAAACGUAUUGAAACGCAUGCUAUUCAUCUAUCCUCGCUGCCAUGACAGUUUGACAUCUGCGCACACAGUUUCAACAUUUUUUUUUGCCGCUUCGAACGCUCGAGGCGUCACGCCAAUAAAAUUCAAGAUACGAGAGUUUAUAUACAAAUAAUUUUCUAAGAAAUUAUCUAUCGAACAUUACAAAUAAGAAGAGAAAAAAGUGAACAACAGUGUCGAGAAAUUCGAGGAACGAGCUAAUUUGACGAAAUAGGAACGAGACGCGAGAGUCGGGAGUGUUUAUAUGCCAGCUUGACAGCUGACGGCCAGUGGUUUCCAGCACGUCGACAACCUGGCGGCACGGUUCAAAUGAAGCUGAGGCGUCGCUGCAUGCAGACGCUCGGCGUCUCUGUGAAACAGUUGAGGAGAAAGCUGCUUGAAUUGGGCGCACGAAUCCUUCACGUUCAGGGUUCGAAACCACGCGACAUGGCCCUAGUGAUGCUGUCGGUGAGCCCAGGAAUGGAGCGCAACGGCCUCAGCGGUGGACUCGAGGAUGAUCCAAGCGGAGGUGGUGGUGUAGGCGGUGGGGUUGGUAACGGCGGUGAAGGAGCCACCGAUAGUAUACAGGAAGUGAUGGUCGCCGCUGCAAGGGAUCGGGCGAUCCGCGCCGGGAGUGUCCGCCAGGACCUCGCUCUCGACCUGCCCCCACGGCUCCAGCUUCCGGAUGGCGAGGAACGUCCUUACGGAGCGCAUACCGCCCUUCACCUGCGCGACCCUGAGCAGGAGAGCGAGAUAUACCAGAAAUGCGUUCGACCGCCCCCAAACCGGACUGUAUUCGAUAGCGAGAGCCCGCCGCCUUACCGAAGCCAGUCCGCAUUGCUGGACGCGCCUGAACGGCUGGUCCGGUGCCACAGUGCGGGCAGCUCCCUGUUGAAGGUAUUCCGAAAGUCCUCCAAUCCUAGCAGUUCGACGCCAGCAGUGGUGGUUCCGCCCAGAAGACCCACCUUGUCCAGUUAUUCCGAGUCCAGUAGCAACCUGAGCAACCUGUCCAGCCUAACAGUGGUCCCGUGCGAGGCUGACGAGAGUCAGCAGCAGCAGCAGCAACAGCAUCAUCAUCAUCAUCAUCAUCAUCAUCAUCAUCAUCAUCACCAGCAAGAACAUCAGCAGCAAACGUCGUCUCAACAUCAGCCACCGAACGUCUGAUCCGAGGCACGGCCGAGAAGGAGAGCACUCGAAGCCGCAACGAGCUCGAGGAGCAGCGAGUUCCUCGAGGUCGAUGGACGGCGGAGGAUCUCGUGGAAGCGGCGGCAUCGUGUCCCAGUCAAGCAACGAGAAAAGACAGAGGAACGGGUCGACGACACCCGCCACAAGGACGACACUGUUGUAUCCAACACUGGGACAGAAGUCGUCGUGCUUGUUCUGCCCUCCUCGAGAAUCCUCGACCCGUCGAGGAUCCCUCAAGACUGACUCGCAGGAGAAACGUUGGUUCGGCCAGCUGACGAUGAUACCGCCUCGUUAUCGCGUGGCUUUUGAAUCGCAGCCGACAAACAACACCGGCCGAGAGGAGAGGAGAGGGCCGAAUUCGAAGGGAUGAUUCUCCUCCUCCUUCUCCGCCGUACCACGCUCCUUGUACCACGCUGGUGUAGCUGUUGGAUCCUCCAUUUGGAGGCCCGCUGGAUGGCCCUCCAGCUGGUUUUCUUUUUCGGGAGUGAAGCGCCCUCUCACCCGCAAGCUGAGCGAGAAACGGGACACACGAGAAGAAGAAAGACGAGGAAGACACGAGGCUGCGUUCGUGGGUCGGUAACCUUCGGUGCUUCAGGUGCUCGAUACCUAAUGUAAUGUGGCAAUCUGUGUACAUGGCCAGUCUCUAGCUUAGAUCUCAGACGAUUCCAAAGUAACGUAGACGAGGCAGGGUUAGUUCUAUUAAAUGUAGCUGAGAGGAGAAUCCUUGAGAAUGAGGUGGACGAUGGGAGAGAUGAAUAAUAAGAAGAGAAAUGUAGAAGAAGAUUGAUAAGAGAGGCCUAUUUAAGCGAGACGAAUAAGAAAAUAAAUUAUCGAAGGCGCCACCACUCACGAACUAGUUCGUAUUAGAAAGACUGACGUGUGUCCUCCGAGGCAUAAAGCAUCUAGCGUCGAGUUGUUGGGAAGAAUUGGGUGAUAUUAAGAGAGAAGAGGUGAUGCAGGAAAAAGGCCAACGAAUGUAGCUGAUGAAUACGCAAUUUGUAGUGACUAGAAAAGCCGCCAGAGUGCGCCAUUGCUGCCGACCCAACACGCAACACCACACCGAUCAACGGGACGAUAUUUCUGAUCAUCGAGUAUAUAUGUAUAUGCAUAUGUACAUGUAUAUGUAUAUCGUUUUUGGAAGUUUCGCUGCGAAAAAGACUUAGUAAAUUAUUUAUUGGCGAUAAUUCGCGAGAGAAUGAGAGAGAGAGAGAGAGAGAGAGAGAGAAGAGAGAGUGAUUCGCGCGAUGGGAGCGGAAACGUGGGGGAAGCGGAUGAAUCCGCCACACGAUAUAGAAUAAAAUGAAUGUAUUCGCGCGUGAAUGAUGCGUCGUUAUUGCGUGUGUGCGUGUAUGAAUGCAAGAAUAAAGAGAGAGAUCCAUGUGAAACGGAUCUCAGGUGAGGGAGAAUUGGAAAAGAAUGCGGAAGAUGGUCUUUACGAAAAAUGAGGGGAAUAGAAUAUCAUUGAGGGCAAAGGUGGAAAGAAGAGAGGGAUUCUCUGAACGACAGAUGGCGCGAUUCCGUAGUGUAUAAAUGAUAGAACAAGAUGGAAGCGAAUGAUGAAUAGGAGAGGGAGAGAGAGGGAGAGAGAGAGAGAGAGAGAGAGAGCGCAGGAGGAAAAGUAGUGCCAAGAGCGUAAAGGAAAAAAGAAGAAGAAGAAGAAGAAAACGAAGAAGAAAAUAAGAAGACGAUGAUGAUAAUGGUGAAAAAGAAACUCUGUAAAUAUUAGGUUAGGUAGUUCAAUAUCAAUAUAAUUAUUACGACUAAAAAUGAUAUGCUCUAUAUACUUGAUUAAAAAGUAAUUAAACAUUACACCACGCAUAAACACGAGUUGGACGGGCCGUACGAAAUCGCCCUGGGACACGCGUUACGCUUUUCGACGAGGCCUCCGUGAGAAUUAUAGAUGGAGAAAAAAAGGAACAAGAAGGAAAGAAUCGUUUCGAGCAUUGCGAUCGACCCGUUUCGAUUUUUUUCUAAUCACGACGAACAGGAAAUGAGUAAGAGGGAAAGAUACAAAGAGAGAGAAAGAGGGAAAAAGAAAAGAUUCUGUUCGUCUCUUCGCGUUCAUCGAUUCUAUCGUUUCCUCGAUCCCUCCUCUUUUUUUUUCCCCUGUCGAAGAGGAAGAAAAACACUGAUCGAAGCUUUCGGACUGUUUUUGCAUUGAACAAGAGAGCGACACAGUGCCUCUCUCGACGCGAAAACAGAUCAGGUAUUCACGUUUUAGUGAUUGGUAACGAAUCGAAGUCACAGGAGAGGGAUACGAUACGAGUCGCAUGAACAGAAGAAAAAUUGAUAAAAGUGGAAAUCGAUCGGUGUUCGUUCGCGAUGCUCGGAUCUCUGCUGCCGCGUCUCGCCGUGUUUCGAAUGGCUCGCACGAUGUCUGAUAUAAACGCUACUUUAUUAUUAUUCAGAUAGAUAAGGCUUCAGUUUUCUGACGAAAAAAAAAAGAA